UUCUCUCCCUCUUUCUCCCGCCCGCGGUAAAUACCGUAAGUCUUCAACCUUUGAAAUCUCUGGAUCCUACUCUGGCAGCGCCGUGGCAUUACCGUAAUUAACCCCAAAAUCCAUGACUCAUUUAACUAAAGAAUUGCUCAGAAUCUGUCUCACACUCAUAGACUGAGCUCCAGCUAUUAGUUUUGAUCCCCAAACUCAAAACCCAAAUCCAAACAACCCAUUUUUACUCAACUUUUCUUCUCUCAUACACAACGGCGUCGUUCGCCGGCGUUUUUAUCCAUGCACCACCGCCAAGACUCGACCUUUAGCCGCUGAAACGACGCCGGACUGUUCCCGGAAUCUCGAAUGCGUCAUCGCCGGAGCUCCGGCCGCUGAGCGAUGGGCUGCGUUUUAGGCAAGGGCGCCUCCGGUGGAAGUCGUCGCCGGCGGAAUCACAGCCGGGAUAUCGAUGCGCCUUCCGCCACCGCUGUGACCACCGACGGAGUUGUGGGCAGGGAUAGGAAGGAGGCGGUGGAGAGGCAGAGAGUGAAUCACACCGGCGACUUUCCGGUGAUUGAGCGGCGGAAGCCGUUUCAGGUUGACCAGCAAGGCUGGCCGUCGUGGCUGUUGGCCGUCGCCGGCGACGCGAUCCAGGGAUGGACGCCGCGGCGGGCCAACACCUUCGAGAAGCUAUCAAAGAUUGGGCAAGGGACUUAUAGCAAUGUAUAUAAAGCUAGAGACUUGAUUACUGGGAAGAUUGUGGCAUUAAAGAAGGUUCGAUUCGACAAUUUGGAGCCGGAGAGUGUGAAAUUCAUGGCCAGAGAGAUUAAUGUGCUGCGAAAACUUGACCAUCCCAAUGUGAUCAAGCUGGAAGGUCUAGUGACUUCAAGAAUGUCAUGUAGUCUCUACUUAAUUUUCGAGUACAUGGAGCAUGAUCUCUCCGGCCUAGCCGCCUCGACGGAGAUCAAGUUCACCCAGCCUCAGGUCAAGUGCUAUAUGAAACAGUUACUGUCCGGACUUGAGCAUUGCCACAGCCAUGGAGUCUUGCACCGUGAUAUCAAGGGUUCUAAUCUGCUAAUUGACAAUGAAGGAGUUCUAAAAAUAGCUGAUUUUGGACUGGCUACAUUUUUUGAUCCUCGACUGAAGCAACCCAUGACUAGUCGGGUUGUUACUCUCUGGUACCGUCCCCCCGAGCUUCUUCUUGGGGCCACUUUCUAUGGAGUUGGUGUCGAUCUUUGGAGUGCUGGCUGCAUUUUGGCAGAGUUGCUUUCUGGGAAGCCUAUUAUGCCAGGACGGACAGAGGUUGAACAACUGCAUAAAAUAUUCAAGUUAUGUGGGUCCCCAUCUGAGGAUUACUGGAAAAAGUACAAAUUGCCAAAUGCAACACUUUUUAAGCCACAGCAGCCUUACAAACGCUGCUUGGCAGAAACGUUCAAGGACUUCCCACUUUCUUCCCUACCUUUGGUUGAGUCUCUUCUCUCAAUAGACUCUCAUGGACGAGGCACUGCCACUGCCGCUUUAAAUAGUGAAUUUUUUUCUACUGAGCCUUUUGCUUGUGAGCCAUCAAGUUUACCAAAAUAUCGUCCCAGCAAAGAAAUGGAUGUAAAGUUACGAGAUGCAGAGUCUAGAAGGCAAAGAGGUCUAAGUGGGAAGCCUAAUGCUGAUGCUCCAAAAAAAGUCAAAGCUCGUGACCGAGCUGGUCGAGCAAUUCCAGUUCCAGAAGCUAAUGCAGAGAAUCAAGGAAACUUAGACAGGUGGAGAGCAAUGACACAAACAACCACCAAGAGCAAGAGUGAGAAAUUUCCACCCCCACAUCAGGAUGGAGCUGUUGGAUACCCCCAAGAAGCAUCACAUAAAGGCCCUCUAUCAUUUAUCACAAGUGAUGCUUCAUUCGGAUCGAUGGUUUUCAACACAAAAUCUUCAGGAUCUGUCAAAAGCAUGGGAGCGGUUGGGGGAUCUUCAAGGAGGAAAACCAACAGAGAAAACCCAACAAGGGCUCCUUCCCGAAAAUUUAUCCAGGCGUUCAAGCCCUCGUCGAUAGGGCUGUCGAUGAAUCUAUUAUUUAGCCGUAGUAAAUAAUCAAUUUUCCGAGGGUUUUUGAAAGCUGAAAGUAGAGAAUGCAUAAUUCAUGUCAUUUCUCCCCCUCAAAUUAGGGUUUUUAUUCUCUGGCAAGCUCAGCUUGGUUUUUGAAUGCAUUUUUCCCCCUUCAUUGUUCCCAUUGGUUGUAACUUGUAACUUGUAAGAUAACACUUUGUAUAAGCGUUCCGCUGUCAAAUCAACAGUACAGUGAACCUGCCGGGACACUUAGUGAAGUGGAGAUUCCACUUAUCAUGUACAGAAAGUUGAAGACUUUACAGUGUUUAUUCUUCAAUCUAAUAUGUCACUCUCCUAGUCCAAAUAUGAUAUGGAUCCCUAGCCAAGAUAUGACAGAGAGAGUCAUCAUCAUCGCCAACCUUGUUCAUUUCCGGCGCCUCAACUCAUGCCAGUCGAACUGACCUACUAUAAUUAUCUACUCCUGUAGUCCAUGUUCAUCCCAAUUCUGGAGGCUUAUGAUAUGCUGAAUCUCGCAGAAGGAGAAGAGCGUGUCCACCACAAUUCCUGACGACUAGUGAAGAGAAUAAAGAAGACCCUGCCUAUAUCAGUUGGAUCAAGAGGGAUGAAAUAUUUCUGACUUGGAUCAAUGCAAGGUUGUCUCCAAACUUACUCCGACACACAAAAGACUGUACUAUUGGACAAGCUCUGUGGCUAGUUGGCUACACUUGGAAAACCAAAAUCUCAUGUACUAGGGCUCAAGGCUCGCCUCCAAAACCUGAACAGCCAUAACCGAUAUUCUGGUCUCUAGCCUGAAUAGCCUCGAGCCCUCAAGGAAUGUAUGUAAUGUAUAAAAGCCCUGUUGCAGUUAGUGUCUGGAGGCUGUUGAGGGAAGUUUAGGAACUGUUAGAGCUUAUAUUGAUUGUAAGUGUCAUCCAGUUUCUCUGUGUUUUGGAUAGUUCCAGAUGAGUGUAGUUGGAAUGUGGUUUGUUGUGGUUGCUAGCUAGUGUGAAAUUUGAGUUUAGAUCUUGUGAUUUAAGUGGUAUGCUUAGAAUGAUAAGUAAUGGUUGAUGU